CGCGCCAGGACCGCCGCCUGCCAACGGGGCCCAGGCCGCGGGCCGCGCACGGAGCCGCUCGGAGGGCGUCCGGAGGAGGAGGAGGAGGAGGAGGAGCAGCAGCAGCAGCAGCGGCGGCGGCGGCGGCGGGAGCCAGAGGAGGAGAAGGAGCAGGUGACCGGAGACGGCUGUCCCGGGACGGAGGCCCCGGCAGCUGCGGCCCGGCAGGGGGGACCAUGUCGUGGAUCCGGGAAGGCGAGCUGUCCCUCAUCGAGCGGCUCUGCGCCAACAUCAUAAAGGCGGGCCCGAUGCCCAAGCACAUCGCCUUCAUCAUGGACGGGAACCGCCGCUACGCCCAGAAGUGUCAAGUGGAGAGGCAGCAGGGCCACUCCCAAGGCUUCGACAAGCUGGCCGAGACGCUGCGCUGGUGCCUGAACCUGGGCGUCCACGAGGUGACGGUCUACGCCUUCAGCAUCGAGAACUUCAAACGCACCAAGGACGAGGUGGACGGACUGAUGGAUCUGGCCCGCCAGAAGUUCACCCGCCUGUUGGAGGAACAGGAGAAGCUGCGGAAGCACGGCGUGUGUAUCCGGGUCCUGGGCGACCUGCACCUGCUGCCUCGGGACCUGCGGGAGCUCAUCGCCAGAGCCGUGCGGGCCACUCGCAGCUACAGCAAGUGCUUCCUAAACGUGUGCUUCGCCUACACGUCCCGCCACGAGAUCAGCAACGCCGUGCGUGAGAUGGCCUGGGGGGUCGAGCAGGGCCUCCUGAAGCCCAGUGACGUGUCGGAAGGACUCCUCGACCGCUGUCUUUACACAAACCACUCCCCCGACCCAGACAUCCUGAUCCGCACCUCUGGAGAAGUGCGGCUCAGCGACUUCCUGCUCUGGCAGACCUCCCACUCGUGCCUGGUGUUCCAGCCCAUGCUCUGGCCUGAAUACACUUUCUGGAACCUGUGCGAGGCUCUGCUGCAGUUCCAGGUGAACCACGGGGUGCUGCAGAGGGCCCGGGACACCUACGCGGAUGAGAGGAAGAGGCAGCAGCUGGAGAGCGACCAGGCGGCCGUGACGGAACAGCUGCUCCGGGAGGGGGCCGCCGCCCCCGGGGACCCCCGGCGGCGGCGGGCCCUGUUGAGCCGGCUCACGGCCGCCCGGGAGGAGCGGGUCCAGGCUUUCCUGCAGGCCCUGGAGCUCAAGAGGGAGGACCUGCUGGCCAGCCUGGGCGCCGCCUCGGCCUGAGCGGGCUCGCCGCUGGGGUCCCCGGCGCGGCCGCCAACCGGCGGAGGCCGAGGAGGAAACCGUCUCGGCUCGUCCGGGGAACGCGGACGUGGGACAGCCGGCCGGCCGCCUCUCCCGGCCUGUCCUUUUCCCCUCCCCGCUUCAGGGGAUCUUGUAAAGGGCCCAGGGGGACGUCUCGCCUUUCCAGCAGGGCCUCCCGACCCCCCCACCCCGGCCCUGGGGGGCGGGGGGGCUUUGAGUCUGGAGCAGCCCAAGGAGGGCAAGCCCCCCGUCACCCCCCACCGUCGUCCUCACCGCCUCGGCCUGCCCGACCUGCCGAGUGAUCACGAUCCAGUUAACCCACU